GAAAAGAUGGCAGCCAUGCUGUUACCAACGGGUCCUGAUGGCUUGCGGCGGUUCACUCGCGAAUCCUUGGCUGCGCUGGAGCAGCGGAUUGCGGAGGAGCAGGCCAAGAACGCCAAGGAUUGUAAGGACGCUUACAGGAACGCAGAGCCACCCAAACCCAGGGCUGACCUGGAAGCAGGCAAGCAGCUGCCACGCAUCUUCGGUGACAUCCCUCCAGAACUUAUCGGGGUGCCACUGGAGGACAUUGAUCCGUUUUACUACAAGAACAAGAGGACUUUUAUAGUACUUAACAAAGGAAAGGCCAUCUUCAGAUUCAGUGCCACAUCUGCACUUUACAUAUUAAGUCCAUUUCACUUCAUCAGAUCAAUCGCCAUAAAAAUUUUAGUCCACUCAUUAUUUAGCUUGUUCAUAAUGUUCACUAUACUGACCAACUGUUUCUUCAUGGCCAUGUCUGAUCCAGCACCAUGGACCAAGUACCUGGAGUACACUUUCACUGGCAUUUACACUUUCGAGUCGGCAAUAAAGAUGUUUGCGAGAGGAUUCUGUAUAGUGCCGUUCACCUUCUUGAGAGAUCCAUGGAACUGGCUGGACUUCACCGUCAUUGUCAUGGCAUAUGUGACAGAAUUUGUAGACCUUGGAAACGUCUCAGCAUUAAGAACCUUCAGAGUACUACGAGCACUCAAAACCAUCUCAGUCAUCCCAGGUCUCAAGACCAUCGUCGGCGCUUUGAUUCAGUCUGUGAGGAAGCUGGCAGACGUGAUGAUCCUGACCGUCUUCUGUCUUAGCGUGUUUGCCCUCAUUGGCCUGCAGCUUUUCAUGGGCCUACUACGACAAAAGUGCAUCCGCAGCCUCUCGCACUGUGUUAACUCCUCCUACAGCGCCAACGCAUCCUUCAUCUGCAACAACAGAACCUGGAGCUCCAGGGCAGAUUUCCUCAGCAAUGAAGAUAAUUUUUACAAAGUUGAAGGAGCAAAGGAUGCCUUAAUAUGUGGAUAUGGAAGUGAUGCAGGGAAGUGUCCAGAUGGAUUUGACUGCCUAAAAGUAGGGAGGAAUCCAAACUAUGGCUACACUAGUUUUGAUACCUUCGGCUGGGCUUUCCUGGCCCUCUUCCGACUCAUGACGCAAGACUACUGGGAAAAACUGUUUCACCAGACGUUACGCUCAGCAGGGAAGACCUACAUGGUUUUCUUUGUGCUGGUAAUCUUCCUGGGCUCCUUCUACCUGGUCAACCUCAUCCUGGCUGUAGUGGCCAUGGCCUAUGAGGAGCAGAAUCAGGCAACCAUCGCCGAGGCCUGGCAGAAGGAGAGGGAGUUUCAGCUGGCUAUGGAGCAUCUUCGCUGCGAGCAAAGAUUGGCAGCAAAAAGACAAGCACAAGAUACAGACUCAGUGUUGUCCCCAGAAUUGUCUCCGUUUUGUCUGAAGACAGGCAGCAUUCGUCGAAGCAGCAGCAGAAGAAGAAGAUCACACAGAACGUUGUCUGAGGAAACUGCAGAGGAAGCUGCGGAAGAGAAGUUUGACCCACUGGAUGAGCCAAUGCCUCCUCUGUCUCCUAUUCCAGUCCACCCUCUGCUGGCCACGCUGUCGUCUCACCCCCUCAGCACCAGGAGAGGAAGCCAGAACAGCAUCUUCAGCUCUUUCCGGGUACGCAACAACUCGGAGGCUGACUUUGGGGAUGACGAGUACAGCGUUCAUGGGGACGCCUUCAGGAGUCGCACCAAUUCAUCGGCAACACCAUGGAAGAGAAGGACGGGCAGUGUGCGGAGCCACUGCUCCCAAAUCUUCACCCCCAGCCUCAAUGUCAAUGGUCGGCUCAAUGUUUCCCUAGACCAGAACGGGGUCACCACUCUGGGCCUACACACUCCCACCUCCAUGCCUGCUUACAGCAUGGAGAGGAUCAGAGAAGACACAAAGUCCACCAGCGCGGAGGACACGGUUCCCAGACCUCUCCUUCAGCCUUCCCCGACAGUGACCGAGCCUCCUCCAGUGCGCAGGAAAAGAGGGAUGAGCUCUGUCAGCUUCCUCAGCGAUGCCAUGGAUGAGCUGGAGGAGUCGAGGCAAAAGUGUCAUCCCUGCUGGUACACAUUUGCCAAGAAGUACCUGAUAUGGGACUGCUGCCCGUGGUGGCUGAAGAUGAAGGAGUGGGUGAAGUUCAUGGUGAUGGAUCCUUUCCUGGAUCUGGGUAUCACCAUAUGCAUUGUGCUGAACACCCUCUUCAUGGCCCUGGAACACUACCCCAUGACUGAGGAGUUCAACACGAUGCUUUCAGUGGGCAAUCUGGUGUUCACGGGGAUCUUUACAGCUGAGAUGGUGCUGAAGCUCAUUGCCAUGGACCCCUACUACUACUUCCAACAGGGCUGGAAUAUCUUUGACGGCAUCAUUGUUUGCCUCAGUCUGAUGGAGUUGGGUCUCUCCAAUGUAGAGGGGCUGUCUGUCCUGCGAUCUUUCAGACUAUUACGAGUCUUCAAGCUGGCAAAAUCUUGGCCCACUCUCAACACUCUCAUCAAAAUUAUCGGCAACUCAGUCGGCGCCCUGGGAAACCUGACGCUGGUGUUAGCCAUCAUCGUCUUCAUCUUCGCUGUGGUGGGCAUGCAGCUGUUUGGCAAGAACUACCAGGACUGUGUGUGUAAGAUCUCAAUUGAUUGUCAGCUGCCUCGCUGGCACAUGAAAGAUUUCUUCCACUCCUUCCUGAUCGUGUUCCGGGUGCUGUGUGGCGAAUGGAUCGAGACCAUGUGGGAUUGUAUGGAAGUUGCCGGGCAGCCCCUCUGUAUCCUGGUGUUCAUGUUGGUCAUGGUCAUAGGGAACUUGGUGGUGUUGAAUCUCUUUCUAGCCCUGCUGCUCAGCUCCUUUAGCUCCGACAACCUCACUGCUCCAGAUGAGGAUGGUGAUUUAAACAAUAUUCAGAUUGCCAUUGCCCGCAUCAACAUCGGUGUUUCCUGGCUCGUGACAAGACUGGCCGACCUCUUCAAUCGCAGCUUAAAGCGUCGAAAGCAGAAGGCCAAAGAAACCAGUCAGGCCAUCAAACUGGUUGGAAAUCAUGUGGAAAGCAAUGGGGGAAUUUUUGGACGUUAUGGAGAGAAGUACGUCAUACCAGAGGAGGACAGCUACAUGACAAAUCCGAAUUUGACUGUCAUUGUUCCCAUCGCACCCGGAGAGUCAGAUGUGGAGUUUCUGGAGGAGGAGGAGAUUUCUGAGUCAUCAGAGGAUGAAGACAACAAACCAGAGGAGAUCAGCCUAUCGGAGGGCAGCACGGUGGAUCUGAGGAAGCCUGGAGAAGAGAUAGACAACUUAUCAGAGCUGGCUGAAGAGAGUAUGGAGCCGGAGGAAUGCUUCCCAGAAUUGUGCACGAGGCACUGUCAAUGCUGCAACAUUGAUACCAGCCGUGGUCUGGGCCAGGCCUGGUGGAGGCUGAGGAAGACCUGCUACCAGAUCGUGGAACACAGCUGGUUUGAAACUUUCAUCAUCUUCAUGAUCCUGCUCAGCAGUGGGGCUCUGGCAUUCGAAGACAUCUACAUUGAGAAGAGAAAAGUCGUAAAGGUGGUGUUGGAGUCUGCCGACAAGGUUUUCUCCUACAUCUUUGUGCUGGAGAUGUUCCUCAAGUGGAUUGCAUACGGCUUCAAGAAAUAUUUCACCAACUACUGGUGCUGGCUCGACUUUCUUAUUGUGGAUGUGUCUUUGAUAAGUCUGGUAGCAAAUUCACUGGGAUAUUCCGACUUUGCUGCGAUCAAGUCCCUGAGGACCCUGCGGGCUUUAAGACCUCUCAGAGCUCUGUCCAGAUUUGAGGGCAUGCGGGUGGUCGUGAACGCUCUUAUAGGAGCCAUCCCCUCCAUUAUGAAUGUGCUGCUCGUGUGUCUUAUCUUCUGGCUCAUCUUUAGCAUCAUGGGGGUGAACCUGUUCGCCGGCAAGUUCGGGAAGUGUGUGAACAGAACGGGUUUCAUCCACAGUGUCUCUGUAGUCAACAACAAGUCAGAGUGCCUCGCUAUGAACGACACCCAGUUCUACUGGACAAAAGUGAAGGUCAACUUUGACAACGUGGGACUCGGCUACCUUUCCCUUCUGCAAGUGGCUACAUUCAAAGGAUGGAUGGAAAUAAUGCAUGCAGCUAUUGAUUCAAGAGGAGUGGAGGAACAACCCAUCAGAGAAAUCAACCUCUACAUGUACCUAUACUUCGUCGUCUUCAUCAUAUUCGGCUCCUUCUUCACCCUCAAUCUCUUCAUCGGUGUCAUUAUUGACAAUUUCAAUCAGCAGAAAAGAAAGAUGAGUGGACAGGAUAUCUUCAUGACUGAAGAACAGAAGAAGUAUUAUAACGCUAUGAAGAAGUUAGGAUCUAAAAAGCCUCAAAAGCCAAUACCAAGGCCUGGGAACAUUAUCCAAGCCUUUUUCUUCGAUCUCGUGUCCAAGCAAGCCUUUGACAUCAUGAUCAUGAUGCUCAUCAUCGUCAACAUGGUGACCAUGAUGGUGGAAACCGAUGAGCAGUCAGAGCGCAUGGAGUCCAUCCUCAACAAGAUCAACCUGGUCUUCAUCGUGAUCUUCACCACUGAAUGCCUGAUCAAGAUCUUUGCCCUCCGUUGCUAUUUUUUUACAGUUGCGUGGAACAUCUUUGAUUUUGUGGUGAUAAUUCUCUCUAUUGUGGGGAUUGUUCUUGCAGACAUCAUUGAGAAGUACUUUGUAUCUCCGACCCUGUUUCGAGUCAUCAGACUGGCAAGGAUAGGACGUGUACUUCGACUUAUACGUGCAGCCAAAGGAAUACGGACUUUACUGUUUGCCUUAAUGAUGUCCAUGCCAGCACUGUUCAACAUUGGCCUCCUGCUUUUCCUCGUCAUGUUCAUCUAUGCUAUCUUCGGUAUGGCAAACUUUGCCUACGUGAAAAAACAAGAUGGGAUUGACGACAUGUUUAACUUUGAGACCUUUGGGAAUAGUAUGAUCUGCCUUUUUCAGAUCAGUACCUCGGCAGGUUGGGACAACCUCCUGAGCCCUAUAAUGGCCAGCUCCCCAGAAGAGUGCGACGUUAAUUUUGUUAACACUGGCACUAACACCCGGGGAAACUGUGGCAGCCCCUCAAUGGGCAUAGCUUUCUUUGUCAGUUACAUAAUCAUUUCUUUCCUCAUUGUGGUAAAUAUGUAUAUAGCUAUCAUUCUGGAGAACUUCAGUGUUGCCACAGAGGAGAGUACAGAGCCACUGAGCGAGGACGACUUUGAAAUGUUUUAUGAGGUUUGGGAGAAGUUUGACUCUGAAGCCACACAGUUCAUUGAGUUUUCCAUGCUGUCGAUCUUUGCUGACACUUUGUCGGAGCCACUGCGCAUAGCCAAGCCCAACAGGAUAAAGCUGAUCGCCAUGGACCUUCCCAUGGUCAGUGGGGAUAGGAUCCACUGCCUGGACAUCCUGUUUGCCUUCACAAAGCGUGUCCUGGGAGAGUCGGGUGAGAUGGACGCUCUCAAGCAGCAAAUGGAGGAGAAGUUCAUGAUGACAAAUCCCUCCAAGAUCUCCCACGAGCCCAUCACUUCCACACUGCGCCGCAAACUGGAGGAGGUGUCCGCGAUCAUCAUCCAGAGGUGUUACAGGAGGCAUCUGGUACGCCGCCAGAUGAAGCAGGCAUCUUACCUCUACAGACAAAUAAACUACGAGACUGUAGUGGAUGUGGAGAAUGCUCCAGAGAGGGAGGGGCUGAUAGCCUCCAUGAUAGAGCACUAUGGACCUGUGGGGGUGGAGGUUGUACAGACAGAGGAAACAGAGGAAACUCUAAUGUCCUCACCACCAUCUUAUGAAAGUGUAACCAGGGCAGCCAGUGACCUCUCUGAGGUCGUCAGACCGAUAUCCAGAGACUCUAAACUCGGGGAGCCUGGUGAAAACUAUGAGGAAACGUUUCUUUGA